ACCAUGGCGAGUCCAGGGAAAGACAGCUACAGGAUGAAGAGCUACAAGAACAAAGCCCUGAAUCCUCAAGAGAUGCGCCGAAGGAGAGAGGAAGAAGGAAUCCAAUUACGAAAACAGAAACGAGAGGAACAGCUAUUUAAGAGGAGAAAUGUAUGUACGCCAGCGGUAGAUGAAUCAAUGUCAGAAUGUCCGAUCCAGGAUCCAGACAAGCUAGAGACCAAAAUUAACAAUUUUAUGAAAAUUACAGAUGGUGUCAUAACACCUGAUAUGAUUCAGAUGAUUUCCUCUGAAGAUCCAGACCAUCAACUGAUAGCUACACAAAAAUUCAGAAAACUGCUCUCCAAAGAGCCCAACCCGCCCAUAGAUGAGGUUAUUGCCAUUCCUGGGGUUGUGAAUAAGUUUGUGGAGUUCCUGAAAAGGAGUGAGAACUGCACAUUGCAGUUUGAGGCGGCCUGGGCUUUAACCAAUAUUGCCUCAGGCACCUUCCUGCACACCAAGGUUGUGAUUGAAACAGGAGCUGUGCCUAUUUUCAUUGAGCUGCUGAACUCUGAAUACGAAGAUGUACAGGAACAGGCGGUUUGGGCGCUGGGCAACAUCGCUGGAGAUAAUGCGGAGUGCAGGAACUACGUACUCAACUGCGGCAUCCUGCCUUCUCUACAGCAACUACUUGCAAAAUCCAACCGUCUCACUACAACUCGAAAUGCAGUUUGGGCUCUCUCUAACUUGUGCCGCGGGAAAAACCCACCACCAGAUUUUUCCAAGGUAUCGCCGUGCCUUAGUGUGCUGUCCAGACUUCUUUUUAGCAGUGAUCCAGACGUAUUAGCAGAUGCCUGCUGGGCGCUCUCAUACUUGUCUGACGGUCCUAAUGAGAAGAUCCAGACUGUCAUUGACUCUGGAGUCUGCCGGAGACUGGUGGAGCUAUUAAUGCACAGUGACUACAAGGUUGUUUCUCCCGCUUUACGUGCAGUGGGAAACAUUGUUACCGGAGAUGACAUUCAGACACAGGUGAUCUUGAACUGUGCAGCGCUGCCUUGUUUACUACACUUGCUUAGCAGUCCCAAGGAGUCUAUCAAAAAGGAGGCCUGCUGGACUGUGUCUAACAUCACCGCUGGAAAUAGAGCUCAGAUUCAAAAUGUGAUCGAUGCCAACAUCUUCCCGGUACUGAUUGAGAUUCUUCAGAAGGCAGAGUUCCGCACAAGGAAAGAGGCAGCAUGGGCGAUAACCAACGCCACAUCGGGUGGUACUCCUGCUCAGAUCAGGUACCUGGUUUCUCUGAGCACGAUCAAGCCCAUGUGUGACCUUCUUACCGUGAUGGACUCUAAGAUCGUACAGGUGUCUCUAAAUGGUCUGGAAAACAUCCUUCGACUGGGAGAACAGGAAGCCAAAAAGAAUGGAACAGGCAUCAACCCCUAUUGUGCGCUUAUUGAGGAGGCAUACGGCUUGGACAAGAUUGAAUUCUUGCAGAGUCACGAGAACCAGGAGAUCUACCAGAAGGCCUUUGACCUGAUCGAGCACUACUUUGGUGUGGAUGAGGAAGACGCCAGCCUGGCACCACAGGUGGACCAGGGUCAGGGCCAGUUCAUCUUUCAACAGCAGGAGGGACCCAUGGAGGGUUUCCAGCUCUAG